AUGGACCGGAUGCUGAGCUCCCCGACCAAGCAGAAGGCUCUCGUGCGGCUCAUGAGCUCCGAUCCGUCCUUGCUGAACGGUCUGGACGAUGAUCUGCUAUCUUCCAUUACGUUGUUGUCAGAUCCCCCCAAGAGGGGGUACGACCGGAGACCAGCAGCGCUCGUGGGCAGCAGGGACGUCACAGAGAGGAAGACCAUUCAGCUCUACCCGGAAGACGCGUCUUUCGCCACAGAGAAGAAGACGCGGGCACCGACACCGAUGCUGCUGCCCGGAGGGAUCAGCAAUGCAAAGAGGGCGGCGUUGGCUCGAGCCAAUACGGUGCUAUUGUCACCGUCCAGCAACGCUGCUGCAGUUGCGGCUACGAUGAGUUCGAAGCAGGACGGAAGGAUGACGAGUGGGUUUAGCAUGUCUCGAAGCACGUUUACCCCGGUAAACUACCAGGAGAAGCCCCCGCCGCUGGUUCUGCUUGACGACAGCAUGCUGAGUCUAGUGGAUGGAGGAGGUUCGAGGAUGAAGACUCGAGGGGUUGGAUCCACCAAGAAGAAAGCCAAGAGAGCGAGACGUAGAGAGCGGAAGAAGAACUCGACCAGCAGCAGCAGUGGCAGUGGCAGCAGCACCAACAACAGCGAGGACGAGAGCUAUCAUCAAAAGACGACAGGAACUGGUUCAAGGGCCUCAGUGGACGGCAGCACGAGCGCUGCAUCCGACAUAUUUGUUACCAGUGCUCGGAAGGCUUGCUACGUCUGUCUGCGGGAGUUCCGAGUGCUCCGCAAACGGCAUAUCUGUCGGAUGUGUGGCGAAGUAAUCUGCAGUCGGUGCUCGGUCUUCCGCGAGGUGAAUCUACCCGUGAUUGAGAACAAGUUCCGGAUCUGCUCCUGCUGCUUCGUAGCGUAUCGGAAGAGACUGGAGGAGGAGACUGGCCACCAAAACCAAGAAGAAGUUGAAGCCGGCGCCACUGAUCCAACCAGCGAUAACAGUCCUGACCAUCGGGAGUCAGCAGCGACAGAAGCCCCACCACGACAGACCUCGCCUGCGAUCCUACAAGACUCGCCGUCCCUAUCGCCGUCCGAUAACACUUCGGAUCACUCGUCCUCACGCAACACCAUGAACACCAUGUCCGACUACUCGUUCAGCAGUGAUACGCCAUGGGAUAUGGCCAACUUCUCGUACAGCAGUUUCUCCUCUGGAUCCCGCAACAUGGAGGAGGAACUCGAGGCCGUUCUCAAGGCGAAACAACUCGAGAAAGAAGUCGAGGCUAGUCAGCAGCGGAUCCAAGCUCUGGAAGCUCAAAUUGUCAACCAGGAGAGCCAACAAGACCUGCUCUCAACGGAGCAACAGCUGCAGCUUCAAGAGGCUCGAGCCACGAUUAAACUGCUGCAAGAACAGCUCCGACUGCAGGAGAUCAACGCGCGACAAGCCGCGUACAACCGCGACUCCAUUUGUCUAAGCAAACUGCGACAGACCGAGCUCUACGCCAAUGAAGACGACGAGAGUGAGGCGCUCAAGAAGAAGCUGAAGGUGCUCGAGAGGCAGCUGAAGCAAGCCGGUAUCUCUGUGGCGGAGGUUAUUCCGUACGAACUGGCGAAGAAGAAGGUGGCGGAGAUUUCCAAGCGGCUGCAGGAGAUCGGGUCGUCCGAGGUGGUGCUGGAGAACAAGCAGGCUCAGGCUGCAGCACGGAAAGAGUACUACAUCCUUGAGCAGGAGAUGGAGAAGUAUCACAUGGCGCUCGUUAUGACCGACGAGUACAUUGAAGAGCAGCGGAGACAAGAGCAGGAGUGGGAAGACGGGAACCGAGUUCUCAAUCUCAAGGCUCUGCGCUUGCUGCGGUCUGCGAUUCCUGUCAACAUCGCGAAGUUGUCCGAGCGAGAGUUGAUCGAGCUCGUGACACCGACUGGAGUCAAGUUCCCAGCGGAGCUCGCACGCCGAAUUAAGCGGACGAAUGCACUGCAACUACUACGGACUGACCCGAAGACUAUCGCCAAGAUGCAUCCAAGUGUCAUUGACGGGUAUCGCACAACGGGUCUCACUUUGCUGGAGCGCCGUGCACUGCACGUCGUACUGCAAGACCCUUUCCACGAGUGGAAGAAGCAGCAGAAGGACGAAAUGGCUCAGAAGAAGUUCGCAUGGUACUGCAAGCUGAAGGAGGCGUUUGUUACCGCGGCCACGAACUUCCACAACCACUGCGAAUCGAGUGACUCAAGCGAUUCGUCUCACACCUGCAAACUCUUGGGGUUAUCCUGCCCAGUGCGAGCCGAGGAGAAGAUCCGGAAGCUCUACUGCGGUCUCGGGUUCACAACCGACGCUGAGUUUAUUCAAGAGGAUAUCUUGAAGAGUGAACCGGAGGGGGCAGGUGAGAAGGCCCUGCUUGAAGCCCAAGCUCACGCUCGAGAGAUGGUGGCCAACCAGCGACAGAGAGACUUGAAGGCGCACUACAAGAUGAACAUGCGCCAGGUCGCUCAAGCAAUCGGCGCGUUGGAAGAGAUGGAUUCGAUCCUGGAGCACGUACGGGAGAUCGAUGAUUCUUUCCCGGUUUCUGGUGAUCGCGAGCAGCUAAGGCAGUGUAAUGCACUGCUGAAUAACGCACGAGAUCUGAUGCUGCUUCUGGCUAAGCGUGUGGGCAUUUGCAUCACGGGGAAGCGAGAUCCAGCGAAAGAUGAGGAGGACACCCGAUCACCCGUUGAAAUCCGUGAAGCCAGUCGUGCCAUCAAUUACCUGCAGGAGAUCCUCGCUGAUGUCAACGCACUGCUGUUCAGUGAGGAAAGAGCAAGCAAGUCGGUUACGGCGGCGGCGACAAUGAAGGCUGUUCAGGAGUUGGUGGACGAUGUGCAGCUGAAGAAUGAGGUAGCCAUGGCAAAAAUGCCCGAGCUGUCUCCACCGCAAGGACACCCAGCUUCACUCUCUACAAGCGCUCUGCUUUUUGACGCUAUCAAGGCUCGACGAAAGCAGAGCGUCAAGCGCGCAGAUUCAAGCGACUGCGGUAGCGGCGGCUCCACGGCUAUUAACGCAGUGAAAACCAGCAAGCCGAUGGACUUGAUGGCUGCCAUUCGAGCUCGAAAACGCGCUCAAUCCAACGCAAGUGCAGAGGAUUCGGUUGCGUCAACAACUAUCGUGAACUCACCGAAUGCUAGCACUGGCGACGCUGCGAAGUCUGCGUAA